CUGGCGUCUGAGAGGAGAAACAUGUAUCGAUUCCGUUCACAGGCAUCCACGGGGUUUUCUGCCGCUGCUGCUACAGCUUUGUCUAUCACCUGCCUUCCUCAGUCACAUCCGCUGCCUCGGUCCGGAAAGCCGGCCUCACACAGACGUUUCUAUAGUAAAAAGCGCUCCUGCUCUUCCAUCGGUUGAUUGUCACUGCCGCCCGGGCUUGGGGGGGACCAAAAACCAAGCCGCAGACCGACCCCGGUGAGGGAGCGCCAGAAGAAGCCGCGCGGAGCUAUUGCUGGAACAGGCCGCCGUCAUGCCCAAGUCGAAGCGGCGAGCAGGGGGGAACUCGCGCGGAACAUCAGGUGCCCAGCACAGAAACAUGCAGCCUUUCAGUGAUGAAGAUACAUCAAUUGAAACUAUGAGCCAUUGCAGUGGCUUCAGUGAUCCUGCUAGCGUCACUGAGGAUGCACCUGAAGUGGACGAAGAAGCAGCACAAGAAGAUUUUGAAUACAAACUGAAGGGACUAAUUGAUCUUACAAUGGACAAGAGUGCAAAGACACGGCAAUCAGCUCUUGAAGGUCUUAAAAAUGCCUUGACUUCUAAAAUACUGUACGAGUUCAUCUUGGAAAGGAGAAUGACAUUAACAGAUUGCAUUGAACGCUGUAUAAAGAAAGGCAAGAAUGAUGAACAGUGUGCAGCAGCAGGAUUGGCUUGUCUGCUUUGUGUGCAGUUGGGGUCAGGAAUUGAAAGUGAGGAGAUCAUUAAGACCCUUGCACCAAUUCUGAAGAAGAUACUUGGUGAUGGGGCAGCUAGUAUUCAAGCCAGGCAAGCUUGUGCCACCUGCUUAGGAGUCUGUUGCUUUAUUGCCACUGAUGAUAUCACAGAAUUAUAUUCAACUAUGGAAUGCCUGGAAAAUAUCUUCACAAAAUCCUAUCAAAAGGAGAGGAAUUUGAAUGGAAUUUCCAGCACUCAGAGCACAUCUCUUCACAUCAGUGCUCUCUUGGCCUGGACCCUUCUGUUGACCAUCUGCCCAAUGAGUGAAGUGAAGAAAAAGCUUGAAAUGCAUUUGCAUAAAUUUCCCAUUCUGCUGUCCAGUGACAACGUAAACAUGAGGAUUGCUGCUGGUGAAACAUUGGCUCUUCUGUUUGAGAUGGCACGAGAAACAGAUGGUGAUUUCUUUUAUGAAGAUAUGGAGCCUUUAACACAGAAAUUGAGAGCUCUGGCUACAGAUGGAAACAAGCACCGUGCAAAGGUAGACAAGAGAAAGCAACGAUCCGUCUUCAGAGAUGUCUUGCGAGCUGUAGAGGAGCAUGAUUUCCCUACAGAGACUGUAAAAUUUGGACCUGAGCGCAUGUACAUUGACUGCUGGGUUAAAAAACAAACUUACGAUACUUUCAAGGAAAUUCUAGGAACUGGGAUGCAAUAUCACUUGCAGUCCAAUGAGCUUCUUCGGAAUGUCUUUGAACUUGGACCACCACUGAUGCUUGAUGAGGCAGCUCUCAAAACCAUGAAGAUACCGCGUUUUGAAAGGCAUCUGUACAACUCUGCAGCAUUCAAAGCUCGGACAAAGGCUAGAAGCAAAUGCCGGGAUAAAAGAGUUGAUGUGGGUGAAGUGUUCUAGAGCAACUCUUCAGACCUUCAGCUUGAUACUAAAUUUAAUUCCUGUUCAGUAUAAUUGCAGCAUUUAACAUGAAAUGAGGCUUUUUGACUGUUGGAACCUCUUUGGUAUUGUCUUGCACAUAUGUAGAGUAACUGAUGUGAUGUAUAUUACUGUGUAGCUGGAUAUUAUGUACUGUAGAUAGAACAUAAGGGGACCUAAUUUUUGGUGGGUAAGAUUGGCUCAUGAAUUUAGCAUAAUUCUUACAACACUUAGUCACAUGGUGCUGAGACUGUUUUCAGUUGUUUUUAGAAAUCUAAUGAAAUGCGUGGAAAAAAUUCUAAUGGAAAGGAUACUCCAAGGGUAAACAUGCCUUGGAACCAGCUGCUAUUUAUAGUUAACUAAACAUUUUAAAACUGAUAUCUAGGCUGUGACAAUGACCUUGAUGUACCAUGCAGGAGCCUUCCAGCUCGCUCACAGUAAGGUAGCGUACAGAGAUGUUGCUCAUAAUAUGCUGAAACUUGGAUAAUAAAGAUGUAUCUCUCUGAAA